GGUGGCCAGCUAAUGGUUAACGGCCUUCCCAUUGUCAUCCCUGACAACACCCUUGUCACUUUACCUGCUAGUACCGCCUUUUGGUCUGAGUUCUUCAUCAUGCCUGUUCCUAUUUUGAAUAUUAAACCUUACAACCAGCAGGUUCAAGGCAACCGAGUUGGCGAUAGAUAUAUUGCUGGGCUGGUGUACUUCCAGCAAGUGCCUCUCCAAAACCUUGCUGGAUUCAUCACCAAGAUUAACUCUGCCACGGGUCAUUUCUGGAUUGCCGGUCAAUUCUCUACGGGGGCGAAUGCCGGAUUCGGCGGCAUGGAAUGCGUUCUCAACGAUCCUACUGGUGUUUACGGUCCUGCGUAUACGGCCAACCCUCUCUGGGGCGUUGAUCCAGUGAACCCCUGUAUUCGGAGUACUACCGGGUUUCCGAUGUGUAUCCCGCGCUCGGCCACAGAUAAUAGAUGCCCAAAGAAGAACAGACCCAUUCCAGAUUCUCGCGCUAUGGCACCAUUAGUGGUGGGUGACUACGUCACGUUCAGCGGUCAGCAGAACGGUCCCUUAUUCGAGGUUACAAACCUGGUCGCUAACGCUGGAUUCUACACGGCUCCAAAUUCCAAGCCCGCGUAUAUUGCGGUGGAAGGUGUCAAUGUGGGCAUCAACUCACCAAGUGGGAACGUUGAAGUAGCCGAGGCCCGUGGAACCAUCUUCACCACCGAUCCUACUACUCCUGUCCAAUGGUCUUUCGUCGACGUUAACUUCUGUACCGGUGCCGAGACCGAGCGCAACGUUGUCAUUGGUACACCCCAGCGCGCUGGUCAAAUUGGACGUAUCGUCUACCGCAUGGGCAAAACAGUUGUUGCUCCUCCAACUCGCAACGUCCGCUUCCGGUAUACGAACGGCGUAUCGGCAACACCCUUCCCUCUCCUCCCUGGCAUGGUCCCCGGCGAAUACACACAACCCAUUUACGACUUCAUCAUGCCGGAACUUACCGCCUUUGGUUUGAACGAAGAGCCUCUGCCGUUCGAGAGAUUCCCCUUCCUGGCCCAAGGCGAAGGCCCGCUCGAACUUGGUAACCCACUGUCCCCUCCGCUAGACCCCUCUCCUCGU